GAACUUCACUUCUGGAUUUCUCUGGAGCCUGAUCCCACAGGACUGCAGCUCUCACCUCUUAGGAGAACUUCACUUCUGGAUUUCUCUGGAGCCUGAUCCCACAGGACUGCAGCUCUCCCUCUCUCACACUCAGGCGCGGGGCGAUUCCAGCGCUAAAACAGAGGAGCUGGAGGCGGGAGCCCUCUCUGGACUUCCUGUGAGCACCUUUAGGGCAGGUGUUUCCCUGAGGCCCACCUUGUCAGAGGAGCGGUUGGCCUACCUGCCGUCGCCAUGACUACGUCACCGCGGGACAUCGUCUCCCCGUCUGCGCCCGGCCUUCUGCUCUUCCUCCUCCUCCUCCUCCUCCCCCCGACCAUGUCCCAGCAGCCCCUGCUCCCCUCCACCCCCACCCCCGCCCCCACCACGGCCCCCCCGCCCACAGCGGAGUGCACCCGCCGAGAGCACCCUGUAGUCUCUUUCCAAGCUCUGAGCCCGUGGAUCUCCAGCUUCUCCCACCCUGGUGUGAGGGACUUCUCCCAGCUGACCCUGGACCUCAGCAGGAAUCAGCUGAUCGUGGGGGCAAGAAACUACCUCUUCAGACUGAGCCUCAGCAACAUCUCCCUCAUACAGGCAACGGAAUGGGGCCCAGACGAAGACACCAGGAGGUCCUGUCAGAGCAAAGGGAAGACGGAGGCGGAGUGCCAGAACUACAUCCGCGUGCUGCUGGUCAACGGGAAGCGAGUGUUCACCUGCGGGACCAACGCCUUCCUGCCCGUCUGCACCACCCGGCAGAUCGGGAACAUGAGCCGGGUCCUGGACAAGGUGAACGGCGUGGCCCGCUGCCCGUACGACCCCCGGCACAACUCCACCGCCGUGGUGACGGAGAGGGGCGAGCUGUACGCCGCCACCGUCAUCGACUUCUCCGGCCGCGACCCCGUCAUCUACCGCAGCCUGGGGAACAUGCCGCCGCUGCGCACCGCGCAGUACAACUCUAAGUGGCUCAACGAGCCCCACUUCAUCUCGGCCUACGACGUGGGCCUCUUCACCUACUUCUUCCUGCGGGAGAACGCGGUGGAGCACGACUGCGGCAGGACGGUGUACUCGCGCGUGGCGCGCGUGUGCAAGAACGACGUGGGCGGCCGCUUCCUGCUGGAGGACACCUGGACCACCUUCAUGAAGGCGCGGCUCAACUGCUCGCGCUCCGGCGAGAUCCCCUUCUACUACAGCGAGCUGCAGAGCACCUUCUACCUGCCCGAGCAGGACCUCAUCUACGGCAUCUUCACCACCAACGUGAACAGUAUUGCUGCCUCAGCGGUUUGUGCGUUCAACCUCAGCGCCAUCACGCAGACCUUCAACGGGCCGUUCCGCUACCAGGAGAACCCGCGGUCCACCUGGCUGCCCACGCCCAACCCCAUCCCCAACUUCCAGUGCGGGACGAUCAGCGACAGCGGGCCGAACGAGAACCUGACGGAGCGCAGCCUGCAGGACGCGCAGCGCCUCUUCCUGAUGAACGACGUGGUGCAGCCCGUGUCCGUGGACCCGCUGGUCAUGCAGGACAGCGUGCGCUUCUCCAAGCUGGCCGUGGACAUCGUGCAGGGCCGCGACACGCUGUACCACGUCAUGUACAUCGGCACCGAGUACGGGAGCAUUCUGAAGGCCCUCUCCACGGCCAAUAAGAACCUGCGCGGGUGUUACCUGGAGGAGAUGCGGCUCCUCCCCCCCGGCGUGCAGGAGCCAAUCCUGAGCCUGCAGAUCCUGCACAGCGACAGGUCGCUCUUCGUCGGGCUCAACGACCGGGUUCUGAAGAUCCCGCUGGAGCGGUGUUCCAGCUACAGGACCGAACGGCUGUGCCUCGAUGCGCGGGACCCCUACUGCGGAUGGGACCGCAAGCAGAGGCGCUGCACCACCAUCGAGGACAGCUCCAACAUGAGCCUGUGGACCCAAAAUAUCACCGUGUGCCCGCUGCGGAAUCUGACCGUGGACGGCGGCUUCGGUCCCUGGGCGGCCUGGCAGGCGUGUAGCCAUGACGACGGCGACAGCAGCAGCGCCUGCGUGUGCCGCUCGCGGUCCUGUGACACCCCCCCGCCCCGCUGCGGGGGCCGAGGCUGCGAGGGGCCCGCCAUCGAGGUGUCCAACUGCUCCAGGAGACGGGGCUGGACCCCCUGGUCCUCCUGGGGCCAGUGCAGCACCAGCUGCGGCAUCGGGUUCGAGGUCCGACAGCGCUCCUGCAACAACCCCUCCCCCCGGCACGGGGGCCGCAUCUGCGUGGGACAGAGCCGGGAGGAGAGGUUGUGUAAUGAGAAGGUGUCCUGUCCGCUGCCUAUCUUCUGGUCGUCGUGGGGAUCCUGGACCAAGUGCAGCGCGGAGUGCGGGGGAGGGGUCCACUCCCGGGUCCGGAGCUGUGAGAACGGGAACAGCUGCCCGGGCUGUGCUCUGGAGUACAAGGCCUGUAACCUGGAGGCGUGUCCCGAGGUGCGUCGCAACACCCCCUGGACGCCCUGGAUGCCGGUGAACGUGACGCAGGGGGGGGCGCGGCAGGAGCAGAGGGUGCGGUACACCUGCCGCGCCCAGCUGCCCGACCCCCACGAGCUGCAGUUCGGCAAGCGCAAGGUGGAGACGCGCUACUGCCCCAACGACGGCUCGUCCGCCUGCGAGACCGACACUCUUGUGGAGGACCUGCUGAAGACGGGCCGGCCCGUGGUUCGAGCAGCGGGCACUGGGUGGUCGUCGUGGGAGACGUGGUCGGCCUGCUCCCGGGACUGCGCCAAGGGCUAUCGCACCCGCAAGCGCACCUGCGCCUCACCUGAGGGCAAGAGCGCCGCCGCAGCCUGCGCUGGGUCUGCGGUGGAGUACCAGGACUGCAACCCGCAGCCCUGCCCAGUUAAUGGUGCCUGGUCCUGCUGGUCCUCCUGGUCUCAGUGCUCGGUGACCUGUGGGGGGGGGCACUACCAGCGCACGCGCAGCUGCAGUAACCCCGCCCCCUCCGGCGGGGGGGACAUCUGCAUCGGCCUGCACACGGAGGAGGCCCUCUGCAACACACACCCCUGCGAAGGCGGCUGGAAGCCCUGGUCUGAGUGGAGCCCCUGCGAUGAGGACAGUGGGCUGCAGAUGCGCAGGCGGACCUGUGAGGACCCCGAGGGGGGGGGUCCCGGUCCCUCCCCCGGCCCAAACCCCAGCCCAAACCCCUGCCAGGGCAACAGCACCGAGUACCGGGAAUGCCUGCUGGAUGAGAUCCCAGUGAUCCUUCCUGCGUCUGGUUUCGACAAGGACAGGCACUGUGGGGGGUUCACGCUGAUCCAUCUGAUAGCGACGGGCGUGUCCUGCUUCUUCGGGGCGGGGCUCCUGACCUUCCUGGCGUACGCGUACUGCCAGCGGUUCCACAAGCCGUCGCAGGAGUCCGCCGUCAUCCACCCCACCACCCCCAACCACCUCAACUACAAGGGCAACACCACGCCAAAGAACGAGAAGUACACCCCCAUGGAGUUCAAGACGCUGAACAAGAACAACCUGCUCCCAGACGAGAGGACCAACUUUUUCCACUCGCCCCUGCAGCAGACCAACGUGUACACCACCACCUACUACCCCGCUACGCUCAACAAGUACGACUACCGACCCGAGGCGUCGCCCUCCCCGUGCAGGACCUACACCCACAGCUGAGGCAGGCCCCUCCCACAAACCCCCCCCCCCGUCGCCACGGCGACAGGGCUGAACUCCUCCCCCUCCCCAUGCAGGACCUCCACGCACAGCGCUGAGGCAGGCCCCUCCCACCAGCCCCCCGUCGCCACGGCGACAGGGCCGAACUCCUCCCCCUCCCCAUGCAGGACCUCCAUGCACAGCGCUGAGGCAGGCCCCUCCCACAAACCCCCCGUCGCCACGGCAACAGGGCCGAACUCCUCCCCCUCCCCAUGCAGGACCUCCACGCACAGCGCUGAGGCAGGCCCCUCCCACAAACCCCCCGUCGCCGCAGCAACGGGGACGAACUCCUCCCCCUUUCUCAGACUGUGGGCUCAGCCUAGACUGGAGUCGCCUCGGCGAGAGAGAGGCCUUCAUCAUUCCUCUCUCAUCCUCUUCCUCCCCACAGAGGAAACCAACCUGACACUUUAUUAUAAUCUUUGUUUAUGUUUUAUUUUUUGCUUCUUCUUCUUCUUAACAGUCCUGGAUGUCCUGGUUUUAAGAUGGCACUUUUAUAAGGAUAAGAGGAUAAUGCUUCUGGAGGACUGGCGUACAAUGCCCCCCCCCCCCCCCUCGUCUGUGGGGCUGGACUUGUACCGCAGGAUGAGCUUCUAACACGAGCAGAGGGGCAAGCGAAGAAGAAGAAACCUGCUAAAAACAGAGCGUUGUGUCGAUGCCGAACGCCCCGUGUGUGGAAUUAGGUGCCCAUCGGUACGAACCCUGUCCGUGUGGGGUCUGAUGUGGCCCAAACCCGGAGAUGUUGGUAUAAAUGUAGCCUUUAAAAAAAUGGGACAAAAAAACAAAAAACAACACUAAUUCACUAAACAAUAAAAGCCAUUAUUAAACACUGAAACCAGCACGUCCUGGUAUUCCAGCUUCGGUGCGCGAGGGGAACCAGCGCACGGAGAAAAGAGAUCGGUGCGGUUUCCAUGGUGUUUCUGCCGCAGGGUCUGCGGCUCCUCAUGAGGGCAAUACUCCGCGCUGCCCCCCCCUCCGAGCUCGCCCCAAAAUACGGACGCCUGCCGAUCGCAGGGAGAAAAGUUAAUUCUGUCAGAGUUUGGACAGGUGUGGAGGUGGAACUCAUCGUCUUCCAUUCCACAGAUUUCUGAAACGCCUUGUGAGGGAAAUUAGAAAACGUGUCUUGCGGUUUCUGUUUAGUUUAGUUUUUUGUUGUUCUUUUUUUUGUGUUCCAGUCCAGUUUCUUCCCCUGUCUGAGUGUAAUCGGAGGACUCGUGCCAUUGCUGGUUUUUUUUUACGUGUCUUAGGAAAGAGAGGACUGGUGUUCGGUGUGAGCCCUGCAGCGCCCCUGUGAGCGUGUGCCAAGUGUAGAGUGUGUAAGUGAGAACAGGGGAGAGUGCAGUCCUGGCUGCGUGCACAGAGCAGGUUUUGGGUGUACCCCAGGGCCGUUUAACCCCCCUGACAGGAGGGGGAUUGAUGAGCCGAUCUGGGCCCCCCCCCCCCCCCCGACCCGCUUCUCCUCUUUCACGGAAUAGAGGAUUUCCAUCAGCGGUACGGAACGCUGCGCUUAUUUCUCACACGGACGGGUUCACCUGACCGCACCUGAGAUCGUGUUACUCGCGGCUAACAUCGCAGACUGCGAUUCACACGAGCCGCCGUUGGUUAUUUUUAUUUUAUUUUUAUUUUUUUAAUGAUUUACAAAGGGAAAAGUGUUUUUUUUGUUUUUUGUUUGUUUUGUUUUUUUUGAAGAGGAGUAGGAUGAGCUGUAAUGGCUGUGUAAUGCCGAGGUCAGGCUUGUGAUUGAGCCGAAUUGAGUUUUCACGCAACAUAAAAUCCUCUGAUCCUGUUCGGCAUCAUCUCCGCGGUAACGCAGCUCAUUGCCAUGUUUAAUUUGCAAACAGGAAAUAAAGCAACUGAUACAACAGCAAGCAGUGGUAAAUAUUUACUCAGUCUGUGUUAAUGCUACCGCGAGCAAUGUUGACCGCGCAGUUCAAUGGCUUCCCCCACUUAACCACACUAAAUCAUGCUCCUAAUCAUGAGGUAUUUUUAAAACGAAGAGGUUUAAAAAGGAAACAUCUGUGUUUGUGUACUUGUUGGGGCAAGGAUGGGUUUCAGAGGGUUCUUUUUGUACAUGCUAAGUGUUUUUUUUCUCACACAUGACGCCUUGUAAAAAAAAAAAACCAUAUAUAUAUUUUGGGAAUGUUUUCAAAGGGGAAAUGCAUCUCUGUCACGCCUCAGUGACAUCACAGUCACCUGUUUGUGAUCAUACCGUUGGCGUAUGUGUUUUUGCCAUAUUUUGUGUGUAAAAAACGCAGGUUAUUAUAAGCUACUGGGAUGGUAACAGUCAUGAACAAAAUGUUGAUAAUUUAUAUUGAAUCUUGGGAUCUGAUGGGCAUUUUAUUAUUCAGCCUUUUUUUAUCAUGCCUGUUCAAUGAAUCUGAAGCCAGAAACGGUUUCAGAUCAGCUUGAGAGUUUAUCUUGUACAUAGGAAUCCCUGUUCAAUGACAACUUAAUGAAAUUUAAAGUUAGUGUAAUGUACAUGUAUAUUGUAUAGCUAACACUGUUUUUUAAAAGCCUUAUAGUUGUAAAAAAAUAAAAAUAAAUAAGAGAGCGCGAGAGAGAGA